CUAGCGAUAAGUACGAGUAAUGGCCACAAUGUGUAUUCAGUCGAUUUCGGUCGUCGAUUCCAUCAGAAUUCAUGUUUUAUCGAUAAUUUUCGGUGUUUGGGUCAUUUGUAAAAGACUACUCAAAUGGAUUUGGGAUCCGAAGAGAUUGAACAGUCAUCAACUACGAGACAGUCCACCGUCUUGUCUCUUGGAUUCAUCUUUAGGACAACAUAAGUACGUGAAGUUGAAGGGAAUAAAACUACAUUAUGUGGAGGCAGGACCACGGGAUCAACCACUGGUACUCCUGCUACAUGGCUUCCCGGAUUGCUGGCUUAGCUGGCGGUACCAACUACCUGCUCUUAUCCAGCAUUUUAGAGUUGUAGCCUUGGAUUUGAAAGGCUUUGGAGAUUCAGAUAAACCAGCAUGGCGAAGCAGCUACAGAAUCAAAAUAAUUCUUGAAGAAAUUAAGGAUUUUAUACAUGCACUGGGUGUCAGUGAAUGUGAUGUGAUUGGACACGAUUUGGGUGGUUUAGUAGGUUGGUAUUUGGUUCACCAGCAUCCAGGUUUGGUGAAGAAGUUUAUAGCAGUUUCUUGUCCGCAUCCCAAUGUGUACUGGAAGAAUUUAAUUAGUGCCAGCAAGGUAGCCUAUCAAUGGCUAAAUUUUGUCCAAAUUCCGUAUUUACCAGAAAUCGAUGCUCUUAAAGAAGAUGUUAAGAUUAUCAAUCAGUACCACAAACAUCUUCCACAAAACGAUAUAUACCUAGAGGCUUAUAAAUACGUCUUUUCAAGGCAAGAAGACUGGACUGGACCCAUAAACUACUACAGAAAUCUUCCAUUCCUUAAAAUCCAAGAAAAUGGAAUACACAUAACCAAUACAGUUGUACUAAUUACGGGAGCAAAAGAUCAUUUGGUAAAAUUAGAGGGUAUAGUGGAUUCUACAGAGUACUGUGAGAAGUUCUUCAUGAAAAUAAUCGAAAAUGCUGGGCAUUUUCCCCACCAAGAAAACCCUAGUAGCUUCAACCGGACUGUAUUGAAAUAUUUAAUUGAAAAAAAUGAGGUGAAAAUCGAUAAAGAACUUGAGGGAUCAAGGAAAAAACUCAUGAAAGGUAUUUUAGGAGCUGUGACUAAUACAGUAAAGUAUGGAAACUCUGUGUUUGAUUCAGUUCACAAACGGACCACAGAUGUCGUGAGUAGUAUACCCACGAUGGGUUUGUCUUUAAAUUAUAUGCAGAGCAAUGGGGGAGAGUAGCAGUCUUACGAUUUAUUUUGUAAAAAACAUCGUGUUAUAGAAUUUCUUCUUGUUAAGAAGUUUGCGCAAAUUUGUCGGUUAUUUUAGAUUAUUCAGGUACUUAGAUAUAUUUUAGGUGACAGCUAUUUUCAAACUAAAUAUUAUAUGUUAGUUUAGAACAUAUAUUCCUGUCAAUUUUCCAGAAUAUACUGAAUGUAUAGAAGAUUAUGAAAUCGAGAUAUAUUCAAACAUGUUUAUGUUAAGGUAAUUUUUUCGUCUUUUUUCUUUGACUGAUCUAUACGCAGUUUUGUUCAUUUAUAUCGUUCCAGCAUGUUUCUUCAGCAUUGUCAGCCCAUUUUUCCCCUCUCGUAUUCCCAUGGGGGUAACAAUUUAUACUCUAGAUCUAUAGAUCUCCUAGCAGAUUUUCGAAUUUUUUUGCAUAGGAAGCUGUAUUUAUGCAUAUUUUUGAUACAUAAACCCAAGAAUUUUUGCUCUCAAUAUUUCAUUGUUUUAUUUAAGGUGAUUAAGGUUUAUUUACUAACUAAUACUAGAGCAUUUUGAUUUUUCUUCCAUUUAUGAUCAAUUUUUACUGUUUCUGUUCUCAAUUUUGAGAUUACUGAGAAAUGAUCUGUUCUCAGAUCUAUCAGUUCUGCAAUUCAUUAUGUUUCUCCCGUGUUUUUUAAAUAUUUUAAGGUGGUCAAUCUGAUUUGUUUUUUUUUUGUCACAGCAGAUCCAGAUUGCAUUGUGAAUGUUCAAAAUAGGUGUUAGCAACUGUCAGGUUUAGUGCUGUUGCACUAUUAAGUUAAACAUGGAUUAUUGCUAACAUUAUCGCUACUCGCUACUAGCGUCAUUACGUCUUUCUAUGGUAGGAACGAAAACAUUUUUUCGAUUUAGUCUCUCGGCCGUCAGAGACGAAUUUUAUACUCAGUCUGGCAGUAAUUAGGAUGUAGGAAUGUAGUAUUCAAAAUAUCAUUUAUUGACAAAUUUGAAGACUGAAUUUUAUUGUAAGCCUAAUAUAUGUAUGUCUCGAAUUAAGCCAAAAAGAUAUUUAUCGUAUAGUUUUUUUAUUGUAACACCAAAAAAGAUUGAUAUUGGACAAAAAUUAG